AUGCUAAUUCUUAUUCUCAGUCUCUUUUGCACCUACACUCAUGCACUUACCAAGUUCGAUACAAACUGCACCCUUCCCGCGGAGACAGUGAAUUAUGUUUCCGCCCCAAAUACGCGCGGUACCCUUACUAUUCUCUGGGCCAAUCUUCUCACGAUUAUCCUCUGCACCUGGACGGUUCAGCACCCGGACAUUCCCAGGCCGCGAGAGAAUUUCGUGCCCGGCUUCAAUGGCAAGAUCGAGCACUGGAGUCACAAGUACACACGUCAACUUGUGUGGUUCGUGAUUACGAUAAUAGCGCCCGAGGUGCUUCUCGCAAAGCAUGGCUAUGAUCUUUGGGAAGCAAAGAGUGACCUCCACGAGUUGCAAACACGCGCCCAGGAGGAUGAGGUGGAGUGGACAAUCACUCAUUCACUGUUUGCUAAUAUGGGAGGCUUUGUGAUGAGGGUGAACUCAGCAUCAUCUGGACGAAGACCACUAGGAAUGUGUCUCACACGUCCAAGUGAGCCUGAGCCGGUACUACACGAAUUAAGCACCAAUGAGGACGGCCUUCCACAUCCCCUCCCCAUCUUCCCAAGACGAGCGAUCAUGCGGGCCUCAAGAUUAUCAUUGGACAGUAAUUACAGCAUCACGGCUGUACCCCCUCCGGCCCGGCAUUCCACCCGGCACUCCACCGCACGGCUGGGUCACUGCCACUUUCUCAGCGGCCGUGACAUCUUGCAGCUUCGUCGAGAGAACGUUCUCUUUCAAUUGUCCGAUAUUACCGAAAAGGAGCUACAGGACCGGUCGAAAGCCGACUGGCUGUUACGAUUGAUCACGGUUUGGCAGAUCCUUUGGAUGGUUAUCCAGAUAGCUGUGCGGGGUGCAACGCGUCUAGCAGUAGCCCCUUUGGAAAUCGGUGUGGUUGCUUUUGCCUCUUGUGCCGUGGUGACAUACGUGCUCAGCUGGAACAAACCCAAAGGGGUCCAGGUUCCUAUCACAAUUCUCGAGGUUCGAGGCGGAGGCGAGCAAGUUUUCGAGGCUCUUGGUCACGGAGAGUCAGCGUCAAUGACGGAUCUGAGCCAGCAGAGCCGAACAUUCCGGCAACAGAUUGUUUCCCUAGUAUCGCCUGUCUUGGAGACGCUAGUAGCCACGCCUGUAUUCGGGAUAGCAUGCAUACCUGACUUUUUAGCCAUGCCUGUCUUACUUGGGGUGUUGCUCGGAGGUUCCCUAUUCGGCGGAAUUCAUCUCAUUGCGUGGAGGUUUCCUUUUCCUUCGGAUACCGAGCAGUUUUUCUGGAGAUUUGCGGCUGUCUACUGCACCUGUGCUCCACUGGCGAUUACUCUGCCCCGCGUACUCUACUAUCUAUACGACCGGUUCGAAUGCGAUUCUCAGGCUUGGGAACUUUUUUGGAAGCAAGUUUUUCUAGUAUGGCUAUAUCCUGUGGCGAGGGUAUAUCUGCUUGUGGCAAUGUUCCGCACACUGGCCUAUCAGCCGCCGGAUGCAUAUGUCGGGACAUGGGCGGACAUUAUCAUACCAUUCCCUGGUUGA